AUGUCUGAACCAAAAGUUGAUACUAUUGCCUUCAAGAAAAGAGUAGCAUCUUUGCAAAAAAAGUUGGGAGAACAGGAAUUAAAUGGAGCUGAUUCAAUUUUGAUCAUUAUUGGGUCCACAGAUGAUGAAAAUCCAUAUCAAAAAUCUACAAUUAUCCAUAAUUGGUUAUUAGGUUAUGAAUUUCCAGCUACUGCUUUAUUCAUCACAAAAGAAUCAGUCAUAUUUGUGACUUCCGCUGGUAAAGCAAAAUACAUUAAUGGUCUUAAGUCAAAUUCAUUACAAGUUUGGACCCGUUCAAAGGAUGUUGAACAUAACAAAAAAUUAUUUGAUGAUUUAGUUGCUGAGAUCAAAAAAUCAUCCAAAGUUGGUAUCCUCACCAAAGAUAAAUAUCAAGGUAAGUUCAUAAAUGAAUGGGACCCUAUUUGGAAUGGGGUCAAAGAUAGCUUAGACUUGGUUGAUGUUGGUGCUGGUAUUUCACAAGCUUUAGAAAUCAAAGAUGAAGAUGAAUUGAAGAAACUUAAAGCAGCCUCCAAAAUCUCUUCAAACUUUAUGGAUUUUUUCCAAAAUCAAAUGGUCAACAUUGUUGAUGAUGAACUGAACACUACAAACAACCAACUGAGUGAGAAAGUUGAAAACAAAAUUGAUGAUGAAAAAUAUUUGAAUAGUAUGAAAAAAGGUGUUGUUGCUGACUUAGAUAUCAAUCAACUAGAUUGGUGUUAUACUCCAAUUGUCCAAAGUGGUGGAAAAUAUGAUUUGAAACCAAGUGCUCAAUCCAAUGAUGAUCCAUUGCACGGUGGUGUUAUUGUUGCUUCUUUAGGGGUUAGAUAUAAAUCUUAUUGUUCAAAUAUAAGUCGUACUUUUUUGAUUGAUCCAACUCCAGAAAUUGAGAAGAAUUAUGAUUUCUUAUUACAAGUUGAAAAGAAAGUGUUACAAGCCUUGAAACCUGGUUCAACUGGUUCUCAAGUUUACAAUGAAGUUUUGAAAUUUAUCAGAAGUGAAAGACCUGAAUUGGAAAAUAAUUUCACCAGAAAUGUUGGUUGGGCCAUUGGGCUAGAAUUCAGAGACUCAUCGUUUGUUUUGAAUGCAAAGAAUGAGCGUGUCAUUCACGAUAAAUCAACAUUUGAUAUCACUAUUGGUUUCCAAAAUAUCAACAACUCAAGUGCAAAAGAUCCAAAAUCUAAAGUUUACUCUUUACUGUUAUCAGAAACUGUUAAAUUACAAAACAAAGAAGUCACUAUUUUGACAGAUUAUACCAAAAAUAGAUCUGAUGUUUCAUUUUAUUUUAAAGAUGAUACAGAAAACGUCAAGAAGGAAGUUGCUGAUUUAGGUGAUGGGGAAAGACCAAAAAGGGAAGCCUCAUCAACAGCACCACACACAAAUUCAAAGAUUUUGAAAUCCAAAUUACGUACUGAAACCAAAAAUCAUGAUGAAAAUGAAGAACAGCGUCGAAAUCAAAUUCAAAAAGAAUUACAUGAAAAAAGACAAAGAGAAGGUUUGCAAAGAUUUAGUGAUACCAAUGCCUCAGAUCCUAAUGAGCGUAAAGUUGUCUUUAAAAAAUAUGAAUCUUAUGUUAGAGAGACUCAAAUUCCAAAUUCUGUUAAAGAUUUGAAAAUACGUGUUGAUCAUAGAACAAACACCAUCAUUAUCCCAAUUUCUGGUAGACCAGUUCCAUUCCAUAUUAAUGCUUAUAAAAAUGGUUCAAAGAAUGAAGAAGGUGAAUACACUUACUUGAGAUUGAAUUUCAAUUCACCAGGUGUUGGUGGUAAUACCUCUAAAAAGGAAGAGAUCCCAUAUGAAGAUGAUCCAAAGAAAGAAUUUGUUCGUUCAUUAACUCUGAGAUCUAAGGAUAACGAUCAUAUGAAUGAAGUUUUCAAAGAAAUUUCAGAUCUAAAGAAAGAAAGCACUAAAAGAGAAACUGAAAGAAAAGCUAUGGCCGAUGUUGUUGCACAAGCUAAAUUGGUUGAAGCUAAACCUGGUAGACUAAGAAGAUUGGACAAUGUUUUCGUUAGACCAUCUGUUGAUACCAAAAGAGUACCAGGUUCUCUGUCUAUUCAUGAAAAUGGUUUAAGAUAUCAAUCCCCAUUGAAGACUGACUCAAAAAUUGAUGUUUUGUUCAGUAAUAUCAAACAUUUGUUCUUCCAACCAUCUAAAGAUGAACUGUAUGUUAUCAUUCAUGUUAACUUAAAGACACCAUUGAUUAUUGGUAAGAAAAAAACUUUUGAUGUUCAAUUUUAUAGAGAAGCUUCGGAUGUUUCCAUUGAUGAAACUAAUGGUAAUAGAAGAGGACAUAGAAGAUAUGGUGAUGAAGAUGAACUGGAACAAGAACAAGAAGAGAGAAGAAGAAAAGCUGCAUUGGAUAAAGAAUUUAGAAGAUUUGGUGAACUUAUUGCAGAAUCAUCUAAUGGUCUCCUUGAUUUGGAUAUUCCAUUUAGAGAAUUAGGAUUUAGUGGUGUUCCAUUUAGAGCAUCCGCUUUCUUGAUGCCAACAAGAGAUUGUCUUGUUCAAUUAGUGGAUCCUCCAUUUCUGGUUGUUACAUUGGAAGAAAUUGAAGUUGCCCAUUUAGAAAGAGUUCAAUUUGGUUUAAAGAAUUUUGAUUUAGUUUUUGUUUUCAAAGAUUUUAAAAAACCAGUUGUCCAUAUAAAUACUAUUCCAAUGGAAGUUUUAGAGGAUAUUAAAUCAUGGUUGACAGAUGUUGAUAUUCCAUUUAGUGAAAGUACAAUUAAUUUGAAUUGGUUAACAAUCAUGAAGACAUUACAAGCUGAUCCAAAACAAUUCUUCUUAGAUGGUGGUUGGUCAUUCUUAGCUGGUGGUUCUGACGAAGAACAAAGUAGUGAAGAAGAAGAAGAAUCGGAAUUUGAAGCUAGUGAUGAAGAUCCUAGUGAUGAAGAUGUUGAUAGUGCUGAAGAUUAUAGUGAUGGUGGUGGCGGUGAUGAUUCUGGAAGUGAUUUCGAUGAAUCAGAAGAAGAGGAGGAAGGUGAAGAUUGGGAUGAAAUGGAUAAGAAAGCUGCUAGAGACGAUGCAAGAAGUUCAUAUGAUUGA